AUGUCUGUCGUUUUGAAAUUCUUCACAUGUCCAGCAAAGCAAAAGCAAACACCAGAAAUGAAUAUUGAAGAAAAAUUCCGUGAGGAGCUGCCUGGUAUCCUUGACAACCUUAUGGCCAGUCCUAAAUUAUCUCAAAUACCUGAGGUAGCGACUUGGGUGAAAAAAAUUUUAGAAUAUAAUCUGAGAGGAAGCAAGUAUUUCGGAGGAGUGAUGGUUGCACUUGCAUAUGACAUGUUAGAGAAACCAGAGAAUAUUACAGAGGAGAAUCAGAAGUUGUCUAGAGUUCUAGGAUGGUGCGGAGAAAUGGCACGGUGCGCAUUUUGUAUAUCAGAUGAUUUAAUGGACAAAUCAACUACACGUCACGGGAAUCCCUGUUGGUACCUUAUGCCCAAUGUGGGCCUGGGUGCAGUCAACGACUGCAUGCUUGUGUUCUCCAGCGUUAUGGAGACGAUAGAAAUAUAUUUUUUGGAAACCCCAUAUUUUAAGGACAUCGUACGUCUGAUACACAAGACGAUAUUAUACUGUUCUAUGGGACAACAAGCAGACUUUAUGCUGCUUAGCCACCAUGUAAAUAAAGAUUACAGUCAGUUCACAAUGGAACGCUAUGAGACUACAAUUGUUCCAUACGUGUGUCGCUUUUGCACAUUUGAGCUUCCGGUGUUGUUAGCAUUGACCAUAAUGAAAGACGUUGAUAUGAAGACGUACGAUGGCAUGCAUGAUGUCUGUGACAAACUGAGCAAGCUUUAUGUAAUGCAGGACGACUACCUUGAUUGCUACGCAGACGAGGCGGCAACAGGCAAGGUUGGGAAUGAUAUUCAGCAAGGUAAAUGUUCCUGGUUUGCUGUGACUGCCCUACAACGUUGCAACGAAGCUCAGAGAAAACUUUUUACAAAGCAUUACGCUAGUGAAAACCCAGAGGACGUCGCAAUCAUCAAAAAAUUAUACGGCGAUCUUAAACUAGAAGACCUGUUUAAACAGAAGGAAGUUGAAUUAUAUGAUGACAUAAUACGUCAUGUGCAUGCGCUUUCUUCGUCAGCACUGACAGAAUACUUUUUAAUAAUUAUCGAUAAAAUUUCAAAAAAAUCCUAA